UUUCAGUACUAGGCCGAGCAACUAAGCAAGUUUUUCGGCUGUGCGCUCGUCACGUGUAAAGAGACCUUUCGGCUUACAGCCGACAUGUACAACUGCGUCGGUAAUUUGUAUCAAUAUCCGAAUUUUUUUUUGCCCGUGAAAGUAAUAACUAUUAAGUAUAAAUGUUGUCACGGUUGUAUCGAAUGCAAUGGUGUCGUGGCCCAUGAGAAUGCGUUGCGAAUAAAUUGUGACCAUCGUCGGAUCGAAACUGAUGGAAAUUUUAUUAUGAUAAUUAGAAUACGGCACAGUGAUAAAUGUACUGCUCGGAUAUUGAUAUACUGCCAUAAACUGCUAUUGUGAUGAAAAAUAAGUUUAUGGCCGCAAACAUUGUUUAUCACAUUCAUUUAUUACAUAGUAAAUUAAUAACGUAAUGUCAGACACACGCUCAUUUUCACCCAACCAAGACUUUUGGAGAAGAAUGUAUUUGCAGAACGAUAACGAUGAUGAAGCAUACAGCAGUGCUGAGGAGGUGGCCCUGUUAAACCAACACGACACUAAUGGUGGGUCACAUGUGUAUGACUUCACAUUUGUCUCUGGUUGUGGCGGACACCCACAGCAGAUCACUGAACAACCAUCGGAACAUUAUGGGGAUAAUAGACCACAAUUCUUUCUGGAGAACUGUGGCACCAUUUUAAUACUUGUGAUCCUACAGACAGUUAAUUUGCUGGUCUCAUAGUUGAAGCAAUAUGGAAUAAUUUACAUUUCUGACACCAAUCAUUGGAACUGGUUUCCACUAAGUACAAAACCGUGUUGUACCGGUUACAGACUCAUGGAUUUCAUCAAAAUUAUUAGAUCAGAAAUCAACAGGAAUUGAUAGUCAGUAGGAACCUUUUAUCAUUGGGAUCAUUGGACUCAAAUCACAUGUGGCAAUCAUCAAACAGUACAAUGCAAAUGAGAAAAAUCUGCAGUAAUUCAUGGUUCAACUCCUAAGAUAAUAACCAACAGUCGCAACACUAUCUAACCAACAAUGACAACAAGAACUCCACAUUAUUUUAUGUGAGAUAAUUUAUAGAUUAGAUGCAUUUUUAAGAUUUAAACACACAGACAAUUAUGGACUGAAUACCGUGGAUAGAAGCUGGACACAGAUCAAGAACAGGGGCAGCAGAUGCCGCGCCGCUGCAAUUAUUGAUACAUGAUGAUAGUUGAUUGGCAAAUCAUGAUUAAAGAUGUUGAAUAUAAAAAAUGCCGUUAGUCGUCACCGUGGACUAAGAUACCGUGGUCUUAGAGGACCGUAGUCAUUACUUAUCUUAACUACAGUAAUGCCACUAUGACAUUCCGAAUUUCUGUGAUUGCUACUUCUUGGAAUUCCUCUUGUGCUGCACCUAACCAUCUACUUCGAGUUGACGAAUGCGUUCUCUGAUUAAAUAACAUACGCUCGUUGGCUAGACGGACUCCACCUACAUGUGUUUUGCACCGGAACAACAAUUUUUGCAUUUCCGCAUUCCACGGAAGCGAAAGACGUUUACUUAAUAUCGUAUUUUUUUUGUCCGUUUGGCGUUUGUUAAUACUCAACAUUUCCGUUAUUCAAGUUCUCCGAGAUGAAGAACGUCUAUGGAGUCCUCGUCGUGCUGUGCAUCCACCUAGCUUAUUCUCAAAGGACACCAAUGAUAUCACAUAUUACACAAAAACGAAUAACAGAUAUUGGUGAUUCAACUGAAUUGACAUGUACAGUUUUAUAUGGUUCUGAUUUCAAUAUUUUGUGGAUUAAGGUUGACAAAGAAAGAUCUACAGACCCCGUUACGUUUUCAUCUGGAAGUACACUUAUCAUCAGAGAUUCAAGAUUAUCAUUGAGAUAUGAUAUGGAUAGCAAUAGUUACUCAUUACAGAUUAGUGAUAUCCAAGAAACCGAUGCCGGUUUCUAUCGUUGUGAUGUGAGUCUUGGGAGAAACAACAAACUAUCCGCUGAAACCGAGUUAGUAGUACGUAGACCUCCGUUUAUUUCUGAUAACUCAACCAGAUCGUUGGUUGUAAACGAAGGUCAACCAGUAACACUGGAAUGUUAUGCCGGUGGAUACCCUAGUCCAAAAGUUUUCUGGAGGCGAGCAAACAAUGCAAUUUUAACUAAUAAUAUAUCAAUAUAUAGAGGUAAUGUUUUGAAAAUUUCUUCUAUUAAAAAAGAAGAUCGUGGAACGUAUUUCUGUGUUGCGGAAAAUGGUGUUGGCAGAGGUGCCAGACGUAAUAUUGCACUAGAGGUUGAAUUUGCUCCAGUCAUAACUAUUCCUAAACGUCGUUUAGGACAAGCUUUACAGUAUGACAUGGAUCUCGAGUGCCAUGUUGAGGCAUAUCCUCCACCAGCUAUAAUUUGGUUAAAUAAUGGAGUACAACUCUCCAAUAAUCAGCAUUAUGGAAUAUCACAUUUUGCUACCACAGAUGAAAUAACAGAUACUACAAUAAGAAUCAUCACAAUUGAAAACCGUCAAUAUGGGGAUUAUGUCUGCAAAGCAUCAAAUGUAUUAGGAACUACUGAAGUUACAGUUACUCUUUACGAAACUAUAAUACCAGUAUGCCCACCAGCCUGUGGCCAACUAUCAUCAACACACUUAAAAAACUCCACGAUUAAAAUGUCUAGUGCUAAUGUUUUGUUAUUAAUUGCUAUUUACUUAUUUUUGUUUACCUGACUUUUAAAUUAUUAAAAACCAUUUAAAACCAA